AUGGGACAAAAGAUGCUAUAUAUAUUGAUAUAAAAGCAUUCUCUUUUUUGUAGCUUGUUAAAAAAUGGAGAGGUUAAGAUUUUCUUCUGUUCUCUGCUUAAUGAUUCUGACAGUGGAAGCUGUUGUUGGUUUUAAAGGUAAUGAGAUGAAAAAUGAUACUGUUCAAAGUCAAAGACAUGGUAAUGUUACCUUAGAAACUUUGUCCCAUUAUAAGGAGAAUAAUGAGUUAGAAGUAAGAGGAAAACACAACAGUGGAGUUAUGUUCAAUGCAAGCAAAGGUGGUUUGUAUAAGAGAGGAGGAGGUGGUGGAGGUGGAGGUGGAGGUGGAGGAGGAGGAUUUAAAUGGGGGUGGGGUGGAGGAGGUGGUGGAGGUGGAGGUGGAGGAGGAGGAGGAGGUGGUGGUGGAUGGGGAUGGGGAGGAGGAGGAGGUGGGGGUGGCUGGUGGAAAUGGGGGUGUAGAAAUGAACCAAGAUCACAUGUUGUGAGGGGCAUGAAACAUCAUCAUCAUCAUCAUCCUAAUGAUGCAUCCAAGGAAGAAUAUAGGUUAGGAGAGUUUGCACAAUGCAUGACAAGAACAAGGUGCAAAGGUAUGAGGUUGGACUGUCCUCUUCACUGUGGUGGACCUUGUUUCUAUGACUGCUACCAUAUGUGCAAGGCUCAUUGUCGCCGUCGACCAUGAAUAAUAUGAUGUAUCAACUUUUUUGUUUUGUUUUGAAGAUCAUAGCAGUGAAACUCUCAUACACUAAUGCAGACGACAAGUGUCGAAUUGCCGGUUCGCGACAAAACAAAUUUCUUACUUUUGACAAGUACAUUGCUAAAAAGAAAGUAUGUUGACAUUGUGUGUUUGGUUUCUUCUGAUAAUUUAAUUUUGGAUAAAUAUCAGUGUUAUACAUUGUGUUUUUUCCCAGCUAAACACAAGACAAAUAUGUUGACAUUGUGUUUUUUUCCUAGGUAAACAUUAGACAAGUAUGUUGAAAUUGUGUGUUGUUUUUGAAGGGUCAUCCUCGUAACUUGUAUGUUUCACUAAUUCAUGAAGUAUUAUUGUUUUUUUUUUGUUU